AAAACCAUAAACUAAGCCCUCCCACUUUGUGACAAAAACUUCAGAGAAGAACAUCGCCAUGUCAGAUUGAGCUUUCUUAUUUAAAUAAGCAUUUCAGGAGAAACGCUACUUUGUCUUUUUGUGUUUAUUUGGCCUACCACAUAAAUAAGAAACACGUCUUGAGUGUAAAUAACACGAGGGAACCACUUCCUGGGCAAUGCUGAAUGCUGCGUCUCUUUUUUUAGGUUUUUUUUUUUUUUCCUGAACUGAGUUGACAUUUUUUUUCCUACCGGUGUUUUCUAUUUUUUGUCGAGGAACGCGUUCAUUAAGCAGGCUAUCUUUACUUAUUUCAUCUUGCAGUUUGAAUAAUUGUGACUAUGUUUCAGAUUGUAAGGAAGUUUGUUUUCAGCGAUGCGUCCUGUGCGGGUGUAGAUAACGGGAAGAGAUAUGACGAUCUCUUUGAAAAGCUGGAUACCAACAAAGAUGGGAAAGUGGACAUCUGUGAGCUGAGACAGGGCCUGAAAGCGAUGGGCUUGGGUUUUGGUGAAGGUGCAGCACAGAAAAUAGUUUCUGCUGGAGACAGUGAUGAUGAUGGAGAGCUGGACAUUUCAGAAUUUUCACAGUAUCUCCGAGACCAUGAAAAAAAAAUGAUGUUGACCUUCAAGAGCCUGGACAAAAAUAAUGAUGGUCGUAUUGAUGUUUCGGAGAUUAGGCAGUCACUUUCCAAACUGGGGGUCAAAUUAAGUGAAGAGCAUGCGCAGAAGAUUCUUUCAAGUAUCGAUGCUGAUGGGACCAUGACAGUAGACUGGAAUGAGUGGCGUGCCCACUUUCUCUUGAACCCGGCCACCAACAUUGAAGAGAUCAUCCGCUUCUGGAAGAAGUCCUCUGUAUUGGAUAUCGGGGACAGUCUUUCGAUCCCUGAUGAAUUCACGGAGGAUGAAAAGAAGACAGGGAUGUGGUGGAGACAACUGAUGGCAGGAGCGAUGGCAGGAGCAGUCUCUCGAACGGGGACCGCUCCCCUUGAUCGAAUGAAAGUCUUCAUGCAGGUGCACUCUUCCAAGACCAACAAAAUAAGCAUUUCUAGUGGAUUCAAGCAAAUGGUAAAGGAAGGAGGGGUCCGGUCACUCUGGCGAGGAAAUGGAGUGAAUGUUCUUAAGAUCGCCCCUGAGUCAGCAAUUAAGUUCUGGGCUUAUGAACAGUACAAAAAGCUCAUUGCAUCAGAGGGAGGGACAGUUAAACCCCACGAGAGGUUCAUGGCUGGAUCCCUUGCUGGGGCAACAGCACAAACGAUCAUCUAUCCCAUGGAGGUCAUGAAGACCAGGCUGACCCUGGGAAAGACUGGGCAGUACUCUGGAAUGUUGAAUUGCGGGAAGAAGAUUCUGCAAAGAGAAGGAGUGAAAGCCUUCUACAAAGGCUACAUCCCCAACAUACUGGGAAUCAUCCCCUAUGCAGGCAUUGACCUAGCUGUUUACGAGAGCUUGAAGAAUUUCUGGCUGACACGUUAUGCCACAGACUCUCCAAACCCAGGGAUACUUGUUCUACUGGCAUGUGGAACCAUUUCCAGCACUUGUGGACAACUAGCUAGCUAUCCUCUUGCCUUGAUCAGGACCCGUAUGCAAGCACAAGCAUCUGUGGAAGGUUCCCCACAGCUUUCUAUGGUCAACCUUAUUAAGAAAAUUGUUUCCAAUGAGGGCUUUUUUGGACUGUACAGGGGUAUAGCCCCUAACUUCAUGAAGGUUAUUCCUGCUGUAAGCAUUAGUUAUGUCGUGUAUGAAUACUCGAAGACAGGUUUGGGGGUCUCUUCUAAAUAAACACAACAGACAGCAUCUGUUGAUAAUUGAUGAUAAACCACCCUCCCAAGAAAAGGCUUAAGGUGUAAGAUUUGCCCCAAAGCCUCUCGUUUUAGAGACAAAGGUGAUUUUUUUUUGAUUUUUUUUAUUUAUAUAAAUCACAGACAAGAUAAGUUUAAGGUGCUUUUUAAAAUCAUUUUUUACACAUUGUGGCAUUAUGGCAUGUUUUUCUUCUUCUUUUUUUUUUUUUUGUAAUCCAUUCCCACUGCAAGAUGUGCUCAUUCAUCAAGCAGUAGAGUUAUAAUUUCAACCAAACCAUCUGGUGACUGCUAGCAACAAGGAGUAAACCUUCAGCUGUAUUAUUUUUUUUUUGCCACUUUCUUUUUUUUCCGCUUUUUAAUUCAUGUCCUAUGCUUUUAGUUUACUCUGAACAGUAAAAUGCUGGAAGCUUGAAGUUUAACUGAAAGGAUAAACUGUAGAAAUAUUCUUUAUGCUGUAUCUACUCUUUAUCGUUUGUUUCUACAACUCCCAGAGACCAGCACUAUCUGCAAACAUAAAUAAGAAUUUACUUUUGCACGUCAUGAUAGAAAAAAACAAGUGUUAAGUCACUUGUCUAAGGACAAUGUUUUGACAUACCCAAUAUUAAGUAAAACGCAGGAGAAUUGCCUGAUUUAGAUUUAAAUCAUGACCUUACAAGUAAUCAUGUGAGGAGCAGUUGUUAUUAUUCUUAACAGUUUAGAAAACCAAAUGGAGUGUUUGAUGUGUGCAAGAAAUAUAGGAGUAUUUAACUUGUUUAGACUUACCAGAUGCCUUACACUUCUGGGGCCUGAGGAGCUACUUUUUUAUAAAACGUUUGGCAUUACAAAGAUUUACUGCAAGACAUAUGAAUGUUUUAUUAUUAUUUUGAUACCAGACCUCUUAUUGCAUAUCGUUUUUUGCUUCAAAUUGGUAUUCUCUCUCUCUCUCAUAUAUAAUUUUUUUUUUUCCUCAGGGGAUUUUGUCUGGGAUUGAAAAUAGCUUUGCACGUUUACAUUUUUUUUGUUGUAAAACCUGAAUUUUCAGAGAAAUGGAUAACGUAAUUGUUGUGAAAUAAACAACUAUGGCCAAAAGUUUGAGAUCACCUAUAGAAUUAACACAUUUUGUUUAAUAAAUUUGAAUUAACCCUG